CAACCGGAGCUUCCAUUUCCAGUGCGUCCUGUGAGGGAGGGAGACAGCAGGAGAGGGAGGAUCCCCCAGCCAUGGAUGUGACACUGGAGGGGAUCGACCCUGUGACUCUCCGGGCCGUGCUGCUGGCCUGCGUGACUCUGCUCUUCUCCCUGCACCUGUGGCGCUGGCUGGGGGGGCAGCCCUCGGUCCCGGGACCCCCCGGUCCUCUCGCCUGGCCGCUCAUCGGCAACGCGGCUGAGAUGGGCAAGCUCCCGCACCUGUACCUCACCCGCAUGGCCCACAAGUACGGCAGCGUGUUCCAGAUCAAACUGGGCAGCCGCACCGUGGUGGUGCUGAACGGGGACUCCAUCAAGCAGGCGCUGGUCAAACAGGGGACCGACUUUGCCGGGAGACCGGACUUCGCCUCCUUCAAGUACAUCUUCGACGGGGACAGCCUGGCGUUCGGCCCCUUCACGGACUGGUGGAAGGUGCACCGCCGAGUGGCGCAGUCCACCGUGCGCACCUUCUCCACCGGGAACGCGGACACCAAGAAGACCUUCGAGCAUCACGUCCUGUGCGAGUUCAGGGAGCUGCUGCAGCUGUUCGUGGGCAAGACCGAGCAGCAGCGCUUCUUCCAGCCCAUGACCUACCUGGUGGUGUCCACGGCGAACAUCAUGAGCGCCGUGUGCUUCGGGAAGAGGUACGCGUACGAGGACGAGGAGUUCCUGCAGGUGGUGGGCAGGAACGACCAGUUCACCCAGACCGUGGGCGCUGGGAGCAUCGUGGACGUGAUGCCCUGGCUCCAGUACUUCCCCAACCCCAUCAGAACCAUCUUUGACAACUUCAAGAAGCUGAAUCUGGAGUUUGGACAGUUUAUCCGCGAUAAAGUCAUUGAGCACAGGAAAACCAUCCAGUCGAGCACCACCAGGGACAUGACGGAUGCUUUGAUUGUGGCGCUGGACAAACUGGGAGAUAAGAGUGAACUCACAGGAGGGAAGGACUACGUGAGCCCCACGAUGGGAGAUAUAUUUGGAGCAAGUCAAGACACUCUGUCCACAGCUCUGCAGUGGAUCGUCCUCAUACUCGUCAAGUAUCCUGAGAUGCAGCUGCGGAUCCAGCAGGAGGUGGACAAGGUGGUGGACCGCACCCGCCUCCCGUCCAUCGAGGACCAGCUGCAGCUGCCGUACAUCAUGGCCUUCGUUUAUGAGGUGAUGCGCUUCACCAGCUUCGUCCCCCUCACCAUCCCGCACUCCACCGUCACGGACACCUCCAUCAUGGGCUACACCAUACCAAAGAACACGGUCAUCUUCAUCAACCAGUGGUCCAUCAACCACGACCCAGCCCUGUGGUCCCACCCGGAGACCUUCGACCCCCAGCGCUUCCUGGACCAGAACGGCGCUCUGAACAAGGACCUGACCAGCAGCGUGCUCAUCUUCUCGCUGGGCAAGCGGCGCUGCAUCGGCGAGGAGCUGUCCAAGAUGCAGCUGUUCCUUUUCACCGCCCUCAUCGCCCACCAGUGCCACAUCAGCCCGGACCCGGCCAGGCCGCCCAAACUAGACUACACCUAUGGUCUUACUCUGAAACCUUGCGCCUUCUCCAUAGCCGUAGCUCUGCGUGGACACGACAUGUCGCUGUUAGACGAGGCCACGAGGUCAAGUGCAGAGGAGGUCAAAGGCGAGCCCUCAUCAGACUCACAAACAAAAAACUGAGUAAAAUAAAAACAUAAACAUUGAAAAAAAUGAAGGCUGAAACAAAAAAGACUUGUGUAGACUGUGUAGCUCAUGUUUGUGGGCCGAACUGUAUUUAUAAACUAAAAUCUGAGGAUAACUUCUUUCCCUCGAACGUUAUUUUGGAUGUAAGAUUGAGCUGAGAGUGAUUUAACAGUUGUGAUCACCGAUUACGGAUUUCUUAGUAUUGCAGUGCCAGACGGAAACAGAUGUGUUUCACAGGAGACAUGGCGUGUGGUGCAGACACGCAACGUCUCGCACAGGCAGCGGUUCACCUGGAGUGAAUCUCCGCCCACAUCAAACGCAAUCUGACAAAGCACUUAGGAAACAUAGCAUCUUCUUUUGAUUCAUCGAGGCGGAGGACUCCAGUCAGCCGCCGUCACCGGUAGAAACAGCCUCAGCCUGGACGCAGGCAAACAGGCCUUACAAGUCCCAACAGCUGCAGGAACGCAAACCUUGUGAUUUCGGUGUGAAUGCCAUCGCUGAGGAAUUUAUUAGGGACUUCCUGGUGUUGUUAUGCUCUCUCUUCGAUUUUAUUUUUUCCGUCAGAUAAAAAUAAGACCUUGAGUCUGCGAAAUGUACGCUUCUCAUGAAUCCCUUUAAUUUAGCCACCAGUUUUAUUCACUUUUGAUUCGAGAUCCUUUCAAUGCCAUUCACAACUUCUCAAAACAAACAAAAAUAUGUGACAUUUGAAGGUUCAACAAUCAAUACUGGAGUUUUAAGAUUUCUCUGUCAGGUUAGAUGCCAGACCAGUAAGUGAAUCUACACGAACUGUUGAAUAUGCUCAUGUCUACUAACAAACUACUUCUAUUUCUAGAUUUUUUAUAUAUAUAUAAUAUAGCAUAGUUCCUCAGGAGUAAGGCCUGUGAAACUCAUCAUACUGUUUUAGCUACAAUGCUUUGUACAGUCAUAUAUUCUAAUUCUCACUGUAGUCGUUGUUUGACAGGAGUGUAAAGGGUGAACCAGAGCUGCUGCAAGGACUGCUCUGUUGGUGCAUGCACCCACAGUAUAUGAACAGAUGAAUAUUCUAUCACUGUUAUUUUGGCUCUUUUUUGGUUUAUCUAUGUGUUUUUAGGAUGCUGUUCUAUGGAAAACCUUGUUGCCCGUCACCCAUCAUUUAAUUUCCAUACUCAAGAUGCCAGUAACCAAAUUAUUUGGUCUUCAUGUUGUUCUAUUUACAGAAACAUUCAUGCAUUUGCUGUCUGAGCGAGACCGACGCACUUCAAUUCAACUAAGCUGCAACAAAUUUCACACAAUCAUGGAUAUCAGUUCAAUAAAUAUACCUGAUGUCAAAGAAAGUGAAAGAAAAUUCCUGGAUCCCAACUUUGGGUUCUUCGUUAACACCCACACCGGAUCCUUCCACCAUCUUUUUUUGGGAAAGUUGUUUGUAUUUCUGUGUAAUCUUGCUAACAAACAAACAAAAACAACUAACCUAAACAGACAGGGGUGAAAACAACACCUUGAGGGAGGAGCUACCAAUGGACGGCUGGUCUUUACAUUGGAAGCCGCUGAGAGGUUUUCCCACUGGCUCUGGUCGAGGAAACGGAACGAUGCUGAACUGGUGAACCCAGCUCGCUGACAUGGGUUACAGUACCUAAGUGUUGGCAUUCAAAUAAAGUUUAAAAGCUAAAACGCAAGAAAUACCUCAAAAUCCAAACUGUACACUAUCUUUACCUCAAAUUCUUCUUUUUAAAGAACUAAACUUAGAUGAGUGAAAGGUUGAAGGUGACUUAUCAUUUAUUACCGCUCAGUCUGGCAUUGAGGUUCUUUAAGCUUUGGACUGCACACAUAACUGCAGCUGUGAAUUUUUGCUCUUCUGAGUAUGUCCUCAAGCCACUUGCCUGAAAGUUUGUUUGAAAUAUUGUAAUAAACAGACACUUUAACUAUC